GCUCCCCCAGUUCGGGCUGCAAGCUCCCCAUUCGACGAAAGCGAUGCGGACACCAUCCUACGCUCAUCUGAUUUUGUCGACUUCUCUGUGCACCGCUUGAUUCUGUGCAAAGCCUCACCAUUGUUCGAGGACAUGCUCUCUCUACCCCAGUCACCCGGCAAUGGAGACAUACCAAACGGCGAGACUAGGAACGGUAAACCUGUUAUCCAAAUGACAGAGGACUCCCGAACACUCGACCAUGUUCUUCGAUUCUGCUAUCCAAUACCUGACCCUCCUCUUCCUUAUAUCGAAGACGUGAAACAUGCUCUGCGAGCAUCAGACAAACUUCAGCUCGAAGUCGUCCAGGUCGGAGCUUCCCGACGGUUGAUCACUAUGGCUGAGGACGAGCCCGAGCGCGCCUACGCCAUCGCCUGGCUCUUUGAGCUGCCCGACGUCGCUAUCGUUGCAGCCAGACAUACCCUUCGCCACCCACUCCUCACUGGCCCUUCCAUCGCAGAAUUCUCUGAAAUUCCAGCGAGCGCUCUAUACGCUCUACUUCAGUACCAGCGUGAAUGCAUUGAAGAGGCCAUA